AUGUUGAUUCCCAAGGCCGACCGCAAGAAGAUUCACGAGUACCUCUUCCGCGAGGGUGUCCUCGUCGCGCAGAAGGACUUCAACCUCCCCAAGCACCCCGAUAUUGACACCAAGAACCUGUUCGUCAUCAAGGCUGCUCAGUCCCUCAACUCCCGCGGCUAUGUCAAGACCCAGUUCUCUUGGCAAUACUAUUACUACACCCUGACCCCCGAGGGUCUCGACUACCUCCGGGAAUGGCUUCACCUGCCUGCCGAGAUCGUUCCUGCUACUCACAUCAAGCAGCAGCGAUCACACGCUCCUCCCCGUGGCAUGCUCGGCGAGGGCGAGCGUGAGCGACGACCUUUCGGCCGUGGACGUGGCGGCGACCGUGGUGACCGUGAGGGUGGAUACCGAAGGAGGGAUGCUGGCGAGGGCAAGGAGGGUGGUGCUCCCGGCGAGUUUGCUCCUCAAUUGUGA